CGCAUAUAGCGAAAAAUACAUACGAAAUAUGAAACCAAUUACUCAACCGGAAAGCUGGCUUUCUAAGACCUUUACCAGUGUAUUAUAUGAGGACCCCAGCAUUUCCGCCACCAAUUUUACAAGGAAGAUAUUGUUCAUGGAAUGAAGCGUACUGUAGAACUAUUAAAUAGGUAGGGGCGGUGGUGGAAUCCUCCACUGGAGCUGUUUUUGGGGGGUCGUGUUCCCAGCACUGCAAGCGACUAAUGCAAUGGAAGGCGACGGACGUAUUGCGACUGGGCAUGUGCCACAUGAAGGACCCGGGCCUUCUUUACAAACACCAAAGUGCCCUGCUGUGCCUGGUGUAAACCAGAAACGAAAAGCGCUUGCAUCGGCUCAUUUGGCGGCGCUCACGCUGAGGUACCCGGAGCGGUCGCUAUUCAUACUUCGUAAAACAAAUAUAGUGAGGCGCUUUUGUGUCCUCAUCUCGCACAAUUCGGUCUUCGAAAACUUCAUUCUCUUCUGCAUCUUGUGCAAUGGUGUUACUUUAGCCAUGGAGAGUAACCGGAAAGGCUUUGAGCACACAUCGCUGGGCAGCGCACUUACCAAGUUUGAGUAUUUAUGGAUGGCCAUCUUUACAAUUGAGGCUUUGAUGAAAAUAAUCUCGAUGGGGUUUGUAUAUGCGCGGGGCACGUACCUCCGAGACGGCUGGAACAUGGUGGACUUCCUUGUAGUUGUGCUGAGCUAUGUCGACAUAUUUGCAUCUGGCAACCUGACCGCGCUGAGGACAGUCCGGGUGCUCCGGCCCCUCCGAGCCGUCACCCGCAUCCGGGGCAUGAAGGUGCUGGUGAGCACCAUGAUCGGCUCCAUGCCCACCCUGAUCGACGUGUUCGUGCUGUGCGCCUUCACCUUCUUCAUCUGCGGACUGGUGGGGGUGCAGCUCUUCGCGGGUACACUCAAGUACAGGUGCGCGCUGCCCGACUUCAGCCACGCCACCACCCAGCAGGUGGGCGGCCGGCUGCAGUACAGCAACGUGUCGUACGCGAUAGUGGACGAGGAGGAGCUGUGCAGCGGACCUCUGGCGGAAGACGUCACAUGGUACUUGGACACCGCAACCGGCGCCCCGGCGCCCCUCAACCUGCCCAGCGGCGGCGCCGGCCGCGCCUGCCCCUCCGGCAGCUUCUGCACCCGCCAGGACUCCAACCCCAACCACGGCAUGACCAGCUUCGACAACAUCCUGUGGGCCUGGCUCACCAUCUUCCAGUGCAUCACGCAGGAGUCCUGGACGGACGUCAUGUACUUCACCAGCGAUGCCCUCACCUGGUGGGUGUGGCCCUUCUUCGUGGUGCUGGUGGUGUUCGGCUCGCUGUACAUCGUCAAUCUGGCGCUGGCAGUGCUGUUCCUGCAGUUCUCCGCGGACAACCAGGAGGACAAGGAGGACCAGCGGCGGCGCGCGGUGGUGGAGGCGGCGCAGCGGCGGCACCAGCAGCGGCGGCAGCAGCAGGAGUUGCAGCAGCAGGAG